AUGGCCCGUGUGUGCUGCCUUUGGCUGCUCCAGCUGCUGCUUCUGGUAGCUGUCACUUGGGCCCAGGGGACAGUGCGGGAGACUGAGAGGGAUGGAGAGAAGAUCAUUGAAGGGGAGGAGUGUAACCUGGGAUCCCACCCCUGGCAAGUGGCCGUGUUUAAUGGAGAUCAGCUGCACUGUGGUGGAGUGCUUGUGGCUAGGAACUGGGUGCUCACAGCUGCCCACUGCAUGAUGAAUUCAUACAAUGUACACCUGGGCAAACACAAUCUGCAGGCGAAUGAGAGGGGGUCCCAAGUGAUCCAGGCCACCAGGUCAUACCGGCAUCCUCAAUACUCUACCACCACCCACGUCAAUGACCUCAUGCUGAUAAAGCUACAGAGGGCAGCCAGGCUGGGGACCAACAUCAGACCUAUCACGCUACCCUCCAAAUGUGUCUCACCUGGCACCUCCUGCACUGUCUCUGGCUGGGGCACCACCACAAGUCCAGACUCAACAUAUCCAGAACAACUCCAGUGUGCAAAUGUGAGCAUCAUCUCCACUUCGGACUGCAAAAUUUAUAAGGAUCUAUUGAAAGAAUCCAUGCUGUGUGCUGGAAUCCCAGGCUCUAAAACCAAUGCAUGCAAUGGUGACUCUGGGGGCCCCUUGGUGUGUGGUGGAGUCUUGCAAGGCCUGGUGUCAUGGGGAACCUUCCCUUGUGGCCAGCCCAAUGACCCCGGUGUCUACACUGAAGUUUGCAAAUUUAUUCCCUGGAUCCGGAGAACCAUGAGGAGUUGA